GAGGAGGCAGCGGCGCUCUCGGCUCGCGGAGGAGAAGGAAUGUGGGCAGUUGGGCGCCGGGAGUGCGUGGGGAUCGUGGUCUUCGCCGUGCUGCUGGUCUGCCGGGCCAAGAGCAUGAACGAGCCCAGCAACAUGUCCUACGUGAAAGAGACCGUGGACCGGCUGCUCAAGGGGUACGACAUCCGCCUCAGGCCGGAUUUUGGAGGCUCUCCCGUGGACGUGGGCAUGAGGAUCGAGAUCGCCAGCAUAGACAUGGUGUCAGAAGUCAACAUGGAUUACACACUCACUAUGUAUUUCCAACAGUCUUGGAGGGAUAAAAGACUGUCAUACUCUGGGAUACCUUUGAAUCUGACUUUAGAUAACAGAGUGGCUGACAAUCUCUGGGUACCAGAUACAUAUUUCCUCAACGACAAGAAAUCUUUUGUUCAUGGAGUUACUGUGAAAAACCGAAUGAUUCGGCUACAUCCAGAUGGAACAGUUCUUUAUGGUUUGCGGAUCACAACCACAGCUGCCUGUAUGAUGGAUUUACGUAGGUACCCUCUGGAUGAACAGAACUGCACGCUGGAAAUAGAAAGCUAUGGAUACACAACAGAUGAUAUUGAGUUCUACUGGAAUGGAGGUGAAUCUGCUGUGAGUGGAGUUAGUAAGAUUGAGCUCCCUCAGUUCUCAAUUAUGGAUUACAGGAUGAUCUCAAAAAGAGUUGAGUUUGCAACAGGUGCGUAUCCUCGGCUAUCACUGAGUUUUCGACUCAAGAGAAAUAUCGGCUAUUUCAUUUUGCAAACCUACAUGCCUUCUACUCUGAUUACAAUUCUAUCCUGGGUAUCUUUCUGGAUCAACUAUGAUGCAUCUGCUGCACGAGUUGCACUAGGAAUCACCACUGUGUUGACGAUGACUACUAUCAGUACUCACCUCAGGGAGACACUGCCAAAGAUCCCCUAUGUGAAGGCAAUCGACAUCUACCUAAUGGGAUGCUUUGUGUUUGUGUUCCUUGCCUUGCUGGAGUAUGCUUUCGUAAACUACACAUUCUUUGGUAAAGGACCUCAGCAUCAGAAGAAAGCUGCUGAAAAGGCCACCACAGAGAAGAAGAAACUGGAAAUGAAUAAAGUUCAGAUUGAUGCCUGUGGGAAUAUUCUUCUUACAACCCUGGAAAUGAGAAAUGAAGUUAGUGGAUCCAAUGUGAUUGGAAGUCUGAAUGAUCCAAGAGGAACCAUGUAUUCCUACGACAGUGCCAGCAUCCAUUAUAGAAGGCCACCUCCUACAAGAGACCUCUACAGCAGAAGCCCUUUGGAUAGGCACACAGUCCAUCAAAAGGGACGCUUACGAAGAAGAGCAUCACAACUCAAAGUCAAAAUCCCCGAUUUGACUGACGUCAAUUCCAUAGACAAGUGGUCCAGAAUGGUCUUUCCUAUCACAUUUAUUCUUUUCAAUGUUGUCUAUUGGCUUUAUUAUGUGCACUGAAUUAUGCUGUGAUUCCUCCACCCAAUCAACCCAAACACCUUUUCUCCUUUUUUUCUUUUGCCAACCUUAAGGACUACAGUAGCCACAAUGCUACAGUACAAUAUUCAGCCAUGCAGUGGGUUAGGGUGUCCUUUUUACCACAUCCAAAAAUUACUUCAUGUUUACUUCAAAAAGACAAUAUCUAUUCUUUUAGAUCUGCUUUCAGAGAGCGACGACAUUGAAGACGUAAGUGCCAUUCUUCUGUCUCAUUUUAAGAUUAUUUCUGGUGAUCUUUCCUUUCGUUUUUCCUAGCAUUUAAAAUGAACACUGUUUUCUCUUUUUCAUGAAUUAGAUUGAUAUUUCACUGCAUUUUGAAAAGUAUGAAGUUUAACAGAAUUCAGGUGACAGCUGUGAUCCUAUGGACACUUACCCAAGAGUGAGCUCUUAACUCACUUCUGAGUAAAUGUACAUAGGAUUGGGCUGGAAUUCUUUUACUAUAAAUGACCUCCCAGAACAGGUGUUGAUUCUAUAAUGAAGGCAUAUAUGGAAACCUCUGAUAGAGCAAAGUUAGGACGAUUGGGUUUAAACAAUUCACUUGUCAAAUCAUAGGUUUAAGUACAUAUUUAGAAAUCAAAAUGGUACCGUUGGUGAAACCUGUAGUCGAUAUUUUAAAAUCUGCUGAUGAUUUUACGUACAUGUCUUUGAAAGAAAAAGAAAUUAUCAGAAGAAUGUACAAAGAAGUUUAACCUCUCCUCAGUGGUGACAUACACAUCUCUAGAAACAAAUCAGGCUUUCGGUUUCUUCAAAUAUGCUCUGUUACUUUUAAGGAAAUAAAGCCCCAUGUAGUUUGAUAGCCAUGAUUUCUGUAAGCAGGCGAACUCUAGAUCAAACAACUUAUCCUAUAUACUCAAGUAUAAGUCUAGAAAGUUUAGUCAAAAGGUCAACCUCAAAAAAUUGAGUUGAUUUAUCCAUGGAUCAAGGUAAGUACCUAAGUACUUACCAACGUAAGUACUAAGUAGGUACUUAACCCUGAUCCAAAAAAGAAUAGUCUCCAACUCUGAACAGAGUGGAGAAAUGUAAGAGCUUAGUCCGUUCUUAGAUGACUAGAAAAAGCACUGACCACAUCUACUCUGUUGUGAUAUUUUUUACGGGGCAUAUCAAAAUCCAUAAUUUUGUCCCCAAAACCUGCUCUCAAUCUAUACAUGAGGUCGACUUAUACGUGAGUAUAUACGGUAUGUACAUUUUUAAGAAUGAAGCCAAUGGCUGAUUUUCAGUACAAAUGCGGCUGUACCUGAGAGAAAAAGCAGGGAUUUGCCAGGAAAAGAGGGGGGCUUUUGAAGAUGACCUUCGUUUCAUCAAAGCUUAGAAUAUACCUCAAUUAGGUUUAUCUUACUUUAACUAGAGCCUAGACAAGACUAUUCCAAAGCCUGGAAAAAAUUACUGUUAGACUAUAACUCAUAGAAUGCCUCCCCCUCAGCCAAGAUGGUGCGCCCAUGUUAGAUGGAGGUUCCUAGGAGCUGCUGCCAAAAAAUAUUUUCAAACUCUGGCACUAUUGUACAGCUACCUUCUUUAGGAAGACAAAAGGGCUUUUAAAUUUGUAUCAGGUGGUAAAGCAUACUUGACACAUGAUUGGCCCUGGCAUGCUUUUCUUUUUAUCUCCAAUAAUAGCAGCCAUAGAAUUUAUUUAUCUAUUUAUUUACUAUAUUUUUACCCAACUG